AUGCUUGGCGAGGUGAAAGAAGCUGUAAAAAAGGCCAGAGCUGCUUCGGCGCUAGGACCCAAUGCCAUCCCGUAUAAAGUGUACAAGAUGUGCCCACUACUUCUCAAGCGUUUAUGGAGGCUCCUCAAAGUAGUCUGGAGGAAGGGGGAUGUACCAGAGGCUUGGAAGGAGGCCGAGGGGAUAUUCACACCGAAGGAACGCAAUUCCAAGACGGUCAACCAGUUCCGAACGAUCUCGUUGCUCAACGUCGAGGGAAAAAUAUUCUUUUCCAUCCUUGCAAGAAGACUCACAUCUUUCCUGACAGGCAACGCAUACAUCAACAUCUCGGUCCAGAAGGGAGGAGUUCCCGGUUUCUUCGGCUGCAUAGAGCACACAACCCUCCGACACUACCAUGUGGACGGCCGCAUUCAGAAAAUCAUCACCAGUUACCUGGAUGGAAUCAAGCUCCGGUUUACUGUUGGUGACCAGCUAACCAGAUGGCAGAAGUUGGAGAAGGGAAUCGUUACCGGCUGCACAGUUUCCGUGGUGCUCUUCAUCAUGGGGAUGAACCUGCUGAUAAAUGCUGCCCAACGUGAGACACGUGGACCAAAGACAGAGUCAGGAAUCUAUCUCCCAUCUAGCAGAGGCUUCAUGUAUGACCUAACAUUGACGACAACAACACACGUCCAAGCUAGAUGGAUGUUGACAGCCCUGACGGAUGUCGCUUCAUGGGGAAAAAUGAAGUUCAAAGCAGCAAAAUCCAGAUCCCUUGUCAUAAAGAAAGGACAGACAACAGAGAGGUUCAAACUCUACGUACAGAACGAAGAGAUUCCUUCCAUAGUGACGAGUCCAAUAAAAUGCCUGGGCAAGUGGUUUGAUGCAAGCCUACAAGAUCGCGACAAUGUCAAGAACUUAAAGCAACAGGUAGAGGAGGGCCUCAAGAAGAUAGACCGCUGCGGACUACCCGGCAAGUUCAAAGCCUGGCUUUACCAGCAUGCACUGCUCCCAAGACUAAUCUGGCCGUUGAUGCUUUACGAGGUACCCAGCACAACAGUGGAAGCCCUGGCAAGAAUCACUAGUCGACACCUCAGGAAGUGGCUAGGAGUUCCACCCAGCUUUACCAGUAUUGGACUCUAUGGGAAGAGCAACAAGUUACAGCUCCCGCUAUCUUCACUGGUAGAAGAGUUCAAGACAGCAAAAGCAAGACUUGUGUUGACCUUGAGGGACUCUCCGGACGAGUUCAUCCGUGAGGGACCCGAACGAGCAGGAAAUGGUCAGCGACAGAGUCUGUGA